AGGUUCUAGAAGGUUGGAAAGCAGGUAGAAAGGAGAUGUGGCCAGUAGCUACCAUAUUGGAUAGAAGGCUCUAGAAGGUUGGAAAGUAGUUAGAAAGAUGUGGCCAGUAGCUACCAUAUUGGAUAGAAGGUUCUAGAAGGCAGGAAAGUAAAUAGAAAGGAGGUGUGGCCAGUAGCUACCAUACUGGAUAAAAGUUCUAGAAGUUUGGAAAGUAGAUCGAAAGGAGAUGUGGCCAGUAGCUUCCAUAUUGGAUAGAAGGUUCUAGAAAGUUGGAAAGUAGAUAGACAGGAGAUGUGGCCAGUAGCUAUCAUAUUGGAUAGAAGGUUGUAGAAGUUUGGAAAGCAGAUAGGAGAUUUGGAGUCACUUAAUGCUACGCCUGUGAGUGCCACCUGAGGUCAUCUUGGGUGAUUUUUGCACAUCUCAUGCUUUAGUAAAUACUCUUUUAGCUUCUGAUUUGUGCAGGUGGGGAAUGGGGGUCAGAUGGGAACAGAGGCUUUCUAGGGGUAUGUCCAGCAGGCUGACAGACUCAGCCAGUAAGCAGACAAUGAGCUUGGAUAGAUUCAGACAGUUUAUUACUUAUACAGACAGUAAAGGCAAGGUGCAGCCUCCUGUGUCCCUUGUCCUACUGGAUGACACCAAAACAAAGGGGGCUGAAUGACAGGCAGUAGGAAUGGUAGGAACCCCGUGGCUGAAGAGCUGCUUCCAUGCUUCAACGAUAGCUUGCUGCUGUCGCCUGUGGGGAGGCGAGGUGGAAAGCCCCACAUCUCAGAGUGGCCAGAGAGGCAGAUGAGGGGCUGCCUCGUGGCAGCCUCCCACAAGAGAGGGAGGAAAAUGAGAGACGGCCAUGCGGUCGCUCCUCGCAAGACUGCCCGUCUCCCACACCCUGGCAGGAUCACAGGGAAUUCCACCAAGGUGAGGUCAGUCUGUGAUCAGCUUUGCCUCCUUGGCCUCUGUGGACACGGACAGAGGAGCAAGGUUGUCAGGGCACCUGUGUGAAGCAGUUUCCCUACCUAUGGGACACACAGCAAGUCAGGUCUAGAGCUGGGUUCCUCAACUCUGGCGCUACUGACGUUUCAGGCUGGAUCAUCCUUUGCAGGGAAGGCUGGCCUGUGCAUUAUGGGAUGUUUAGCAGCAUCCGUGGCCUCUACCCGAUAGAUGGCCUUCGCAGUCCCUCCCCUAGUCGUGACAACCAAAAAUGUCUCCAGCCAUCGUCAAGUGUUCCCUGGGGGCACAGUCACCCCUGAAUGGUUGUGAUUGUGACCGUUCUAGACUCAAUUGCUGGUCUAGAAUGCAGGGUGAGGGGGACGCUUACCUCCUGCACGCUCUACCCUCUGUCUGCAGGUGGGUGGGCUUCGAGCAUGCUGGCUUCCAAGGGCAGCAGUACAUUCUGGAACGGGGCGAAUAUCCAAGCUGGGAUGCCUGGGGCGGCAACACGGCCUACCCCGCCGAGAGGCUCACCUCCUUCCGGCCUGUGGCCUGUGCUAACCACCGUGACUCGAGGCUGACAAUCUUCGAGCAAGAGAACUUCCUGGGCAAGAAAGGAGAGCUGAGCGAUGACUAUCCUUCCCUCCAGGCCAUGGGAUGGGAAGGCAAUGAAGUAGGGUCCUUCCACGUCCACUCUGGGGCUUGGGUUUGCUCCCAGUUUCCGGGCUACCGAGGAUUUCAGUAUGUGCUGGAAUGCGAUCACCAUUCCGGUGACUACAAGCAUUUCCGGGAGUGGGGCUCUCAUGCCCCGACCUUCCAGGUGCAGAGCAUCCGCAGGAUCCAGCAGUGAACAGGGGUGUGGCACGGAGGAGCACAUGCGUGCUUAUCUGCAAUGGAGGCGCUCUGGAGGGUGUGGCGUGUUCUCUCCUUCUGCCUCCCCCUGUAACCUGUGUGAACCCAUGUGAACUGGUCCGUGCACAGUCAGCACAAAAAACUCAAACGAAUAAAAAAGAGAAAGUCCGGUA